CCGAGCGCGCACGUGGCCAGGGCUUCAAAUGCGCUGAAACUAGUUCAUCAAUCUCAGGACCGGCGCUCCCCCGUCGGUGGGGAGGGGUUUGUGAACUCCUCCCGCUGAGCGCCUAAGGUUUCAAGAGCGGUUGUUUACCAGCAGUCGUCCGAUGAACUCCUCCAGGGCUGUCCCCGCCUCGGUCGUCGAAGCUGGCAGAGCGGAUCAUGUUAGCAGCCUGUUACCUGAACUUCCUCGUCUUGGGACUCAGCGCCGUGGGAAAGCAAGUCGUAGCCCUGGGCGGACAUACUCAACAGAUCUCUAGGCAUUCCACAUAUGAGAUUAUAAUUCCUAGAAGAUUAACAGACAGAGAGAAGCGCUGGACACAUUUUAAUGAGGAACACUUAGAUGAUCAGCUAUCUUACUUGAUCCAAACUGGAAAUGGAACACACAUUCUGAAAUUAAAGAAAAAUAAAAACCUUCUUGGGGAAAAGUUCACAAUAUAUACUUAUAACCAAGAGGGCAAGCUGGAGAGCACUCCUGUGGAAACUCAGGCCCACUGUUACUACCAUGGAAAUGUUGAAGGUGUUCCAGAUUCUCUGCUUGCCCUCAGUACCUGUGAUGGCCUUAGGGGAAUCCUCUAUAUUGGUGACAAGCAAUAUGGCAUGGAGCCAGUUAAGGGAUCAAAUAAAUUUGAACACUUUUUUUAUGUAUUAGAUAAAUCUCAUGAACCUUUUUCCUGUGGUGUACAAAAUGAUGACCAGUAUCAUGAACAGAUUUUGAAAUACACUAAUAUGUCACAUUAUCCUUUCAGUAAGGAUACACUUCGAAGGAAAAGAAGAACUGUGCUGCCAGAGAAACGAUACAUCGAACUCUAUAUGGUUGUUGAUAAGAACAGGUAUUUAUUCAAAAGAACUAUUGAAGCUGUACAGAAAGAAACAGUUGAAUUGAUUAAUUAUGUAGAUGGGAUGUUCAGUCAUUUAAACAUACAAGUUGUCCUAAUUGGAUUGGAAAUAUGGACAUAUGAAAACCAGAUAGAGGUGGUUGGUGAUUCAGCUGGAGAUGUGUUGGGGAGAUUUGUGACUUGGAGGAAAACAAAUCUUAUUACAAGAUCAAGAAAUGAUAUUGGUCAUCUCAUCAUAAGGAGAAGGCCAUUUGGUUCAACAGUUGGAAUGGCUUUCGUUGGCACAGUCUGUAGUGCAGAUCACGGAGGGUCUAUCACUACGUUUGAUCAUGACAAUCCGAUAAGUCAUGCUACAGUGGUUGCACAUGAGCUGGGACAUAAUCUCGGUAUGAAUCAUGAUGAUGGAAGAUGUGCAGAUACCUAUAUAAUGCACAGUUCAGAUAAUGGGUCUAGGAACUUCAGCAGUUGCAGUGCUAAUGAUUUUGAGCAACUUAUCCUGAGAGGUGGAGGAAGCUGUCUCAGAAAUUCUCCCAAGCCGAGCGAUAUCUUUACAGAACCCAUGUGUGGCAAUAACAUUGUGGAUAGAAAUGAAGAAUGUGAUUGUGGCACUCCAAAAGAAUGUACCAAUCCCUGUUGUGAUGCUGCCAGCUGCAAGCUAACACGUGGAUCAACAUGUGCUGAAGGAUUGUGCUGUGAAAAGUGUCAGUUCAAGGUAGCAGGAGUGGAGUGUCGACCAAAAUCAAAUACCUGUGAUCUCCCUGAAUAUUGCAAUGGGACCUAUUAUGACUGUCCGGAAGAUGUGUAUGUUAUGGAUGGCUACCCAUGUAAUAAUAUGAAAGAUUACUGUUACAGUGGAAUUUGUGAAAGUUACGAUUCUCAGUGUGAAUCCCUCUUUGGAAAAGGAGCAAAGAAAGGACCAAAUGUUUGCUUUGAAAGAGCCAAUAGCAAAGGAGACAGAUUUGGCAAUUGCGGAAUGAAAGGGCCAAAUUUUGUAAAAUGUUCCCAAGCCAACAGUUUAUGUGGCAAGAUUCAUUGUACAUCUUUCAAGCAAGAGAAUCUCCCGUCCCAGUUGUAUUUCCAGACUCAAGAUGGAAUUCCAUGUGUGUCCACUGAAUUUGAUCUAGGAUCAGAUAUUCCCGAUCCAGCACUGGUUCAUAAAGGCACUUCUUGUGCUGAAGGAAAAGCUUGUAUUGAUUAUAAGUGCGUAAAUGCAAGCUUGCUGGGUUACAACUGUGACAUAAAGAAAAAGUGUAAUGGUCGGGCGGUGUGUAACAACAAAGGCAAUUGCCACUGUGAUCCUGGGUGGGCACCUCCUUUUUGUGAUGUGUCUGGCUAUGGGGGCAGCAUAGAUAGUGGCCCAACGCAUAUAGAUACAUCCCUUCGAGAUGGUCUUCUGAUAUUCUUUUUACUUGUGUUGCCUAUAUUAAUUCUACUUGCAAUUGCAUUUGUCAAGAGGAAAGAAAUUAAAAGGCGUCUCUUUAGAGAACAUAGAAGACAUCACAGGACCGAAAAUGCACAGCAAAGAAGACCGCUACCUGCACACCAGAGUAAUACUCCAAGUGAACCUAAUCCACAAGAGGAAAAAAAUAGAAGGCGGCCUGCUACUUCAAAUUCAGGAAUCUUUACAAUAUCUCACUUUCCAACUCCAAGGCCACCAGUACAAAAUCAAUUUGUUCCACCUCAACAACGACCUCCUGUACGACCACCAAUGUCACAAAGACCUCCUGUACGACCACCAAUUCCACAAAAUCCUCCUUUAAGACCACCAAUUCCACAAAAUCCGCCUUUUAGACCACCAAUUCCACGAAACUCACCUUUAAGACCACCAAUCCCACAAAAACCCGUUUUCUUUCCUCCGUCUUGAAGACUUAUAAAGACACGUACUGUAUGCCACUAGGAAAAAUAUUGUAUUAGCAAAAUGAAUUAAAAGUGUUAUUUUUUAGAAAUAUACAAACGAAGACCUCAGUUUAAUUUUUAAAACAGGACGUAAUUAAAUUUAAUUUACUUUAGGGUCUGCUGCCCUACCAAAUCAUUAUUUAAGAAAGAAAAUGCUGCCUUAAUUAUUAGACCACAGGAUAUUGCUUUUACAAGUAAUACACAUACCAGUAAAAGUCUUUUACCCUAACAUAGGGCCAAACUAGAUAGCCCAAUGAGAUUCCUCCCUUUCUUUCUCUCUUCACUCCCAACAUAUAUUAAUUAUUAACAUUACAAGAAAACUCCUAUUGAAGUUAAUGGUCAUGGUUGGGGAAGGAAUAGUUAAAUCUGUCAUAAAAAUUCCCAUGUUGUUGAUCCUGGUAAAAAUUGGGGGAGACUGCUGCUUUUACAUCGAUGACAGAUUUGCUAAUUGUACAGUUGCUCUGAUUUUUUUAAAACGUGCAAUUGGUUCUUUUUAGUCAGUUGGUUUAUUAUAUUAAGAAAUAAUGUGAAUGGAAUAUAAUGAAGUGGAAGAGUGAAGCACAAGAUGGAUUCCAAAAAACAACCAAUCAGAAUAGUAGAAUAGUAUUAUCUAUUUGAGCAAAGAUCAGAUUUGUAUUGCCUUAAAAUCAACAAAUGUGACCUGACAGCACCGUAUUGUUGAUCUGCGUGUUUACUGCUGAAUCUUCAUACACAGGAAGAUUUUAAAUACUUAAGUGUUUAAAUGACCAUGUCAUUGUAAGAUAUUUCUCAAGAUUCUUUCAACUUCCCAGGUAAAACGUGAAUAUAUUUUAAAUGUUUUCUUCUAACACUGAAAUGGAUGAUACUUCUGUUUUCAUAUCAUAGAUCUGUGAAAGUUAUACAUUUUUAUUUAUAGCUUUAUCUGACCAUUUUGAUAGUCAUGCUAAUAUUAUAUCAACAUGAGACAAAACGUCAACUACAUGCUGAAACAUAAUAAGAGAUGAUCUUUUAACUAUGAUUUAAUGAAAACACCACAAUUGACUGGGCUCAUUAAGCAUGUCAGAUCAUUUCAGGUUCAUAAUAGUAACUUGUACCAUUUUUCAUUAAAGUGCAGUGAUGCUACAUUUCUGACAUAACAGCCCUGAUGGUAAUUUUGGUGGAAGCAUAAUAUAACAUUUCUGCAUGGAUUUAUUAAACCAAAGAUUUGAUUAAAGAGUAGGUUUCUGGUGAGAAAAAGAGCAAUUUGUAUCCUUAUAGUGUUACAGCCUUUGUUUAAAGUCACAUCAUAAUCACAGCAAAUAAAUAAAUAUUUUGAAAAACAUAAUUCACUUGAAUAUUGAAAAAUUGGGCACAGUAGUGAAUAAUUAUGUUUCCUUAUAUAUGGUUUAGGAGGCACUUAUUACGAAUAACCAGUUCAGAUCUGUAAAUCAAGACUAACACAUAUGGUCCACCAAAUUUAAUGAAUGCUUUUAUAUGAUAACCUCUUUCCACUAUCAGGCAUACAUGAAAUUCUAUCCAGAAUUGAUUUAUAAAGUGUUUUUGAAAAGUUUUUAAUAUCUCAUUUUUGGUAACAUAAUUGUGUUGAUGAACAAAGGUAUUAUGCUGGAUACAAAUGCCAAAAUUUAGAUAUAAACAUAAUUUUUAAUGUUUACAUUAUCUGAAAACUUAUAUUAAUAUGUAUUUUAGAAACUAUAGAAUAUUUCAAAAUUGAAAUUUCCUGUAAUCGAUCAAAUUAGUUAAUGGUGCUUCCACCUCUAAGCUUUGUACCUGUAUAAAGUUAUUUGCAGUUUUGCACAAAUCACUUUUGUAAUUUAGAGGUAGAAAAAUCAGUUGCACAAUUUAUGUUAAAAUGGAAAAUGUUGUAAACCAUUUUGUAAAAAAAAUAAAAUAACUUGACAUACAAA